CGCGUACCUUCUCUACUACCUACCCAGAACCUAGAUAAUCUCUGCCAUACAUACACAUACAUGCUACUUAGCUAACCUCAUACAUUCUCCUACUCGCUCUCCCACCCCAAAUCGUACCUAUUUACUUAUUAUCAACUCAUUAUUCUCUACUAUAAAACCCAAUCAAGUCUAAAUAAAACCAUGACAGACGCAUCAAUUCAAGAUACUCCCCACUCCCCAGAGCCGUCCUCGACAUCAGUAUCAACAUCCACCUUCAUCCCUCCCAGCAUAGACCAAGCCCGCCUCUUCGCUGGCGACUCCUACGCAUACUACUCGCCAUGCCCACCAAAAAUAGCCAACAAACCCGGUAACAGCGCCACCGAACCGGAACCGGAACCGGAACCUGAAGAUUACCUCGUCCUCGGAGUCGACGAAGCCGGUCGAGGCCCCGUCCUCGGCCCUAUGGUCUACAGCGCCUUCUACCUCCUUCACACCCUACACCAUGCCCUCUUGACCAAGGAAUACAGCUUCGAUGACAGCAAAGUGCUCACGCCGGGUGUACGGGCAAAUCUGAUGCGGAUCCUGUGCACGAGGGGCUCGUCGCUGUUUGAAUCGUGUGGGUGGGCCACGAAGUCGCUUUCCGCGCGCGAUAUCUCUGCGGGGAUGAUGCGCCCCGGUGCUGGGGUGUAUAAUCUCAAUGCGCAGGCGAUGGAUGCAACGGUGGAACUGAUCCGCGGGAUCGUGGAGGAACGCAAGAUGAAUGUAAGAGAGGUUUAUAUUGAUACGAUUGGGAACCCCGCGACAUAUCAGAAGAAGUUGGAGAAGAUUUUCCCGUCGUUGAGGAUUACGGUCGCGAAGAAGGCGGAUUCGUUGUUUCCUUGCGUUUCGGCCGCGAGUGUGGCCGCCAAGGUGACGAGGGAUGUGGCGCUCGAGUUGUGUUAUGAGGAGGUGCAGAGGAUAAGCAGUGAGUGCGGAGCGGAGAGCUGGGGCAGUGGAUAUCCCUCGGAUUCGAAGUGUGUGGGGUGGCUUCGUGGGAAUAUGGACUCGGUGUUCGGGUGGGGAAAUGAGUGUCGGUUCAGUUGGGGGACAGCGAAGGAGAUGUUGGAACUUAAGGGUGGGGAGAAAGUAGAUUGGCCUGCGGAGAAUUGUGAUACACAACUAAUGGAUUUCUUGUUGACGCCGGGAGUGGCGGCCAAAGGACAGGACCAGGAGCUCCAGGAGUGGUAUGGAAGAAAAACGGCAGAAGUCUUAUGAGAAAACUUUCAGAUAGAGGUUCUUAGAUGAUUUGGGAAUUAAGGUACAUGAAAAACAAUGCCAACUAUGAUACCCCAUUAUUAUUAGCAGAGAGAUCGCAG